ACAUGUAUGGCUGGAUGUGGUGAAGUAUGUUCUCAUGUCGCUGCAAUAUUGUUCAAAGUGGAGGCUUGUAUCCGCUUGGGGAUUGCUGCAAAGACAUGCACCUCGUUACCAUGUGUAUGGAAUCAAUCUUUUUCUACAUUGGUAUGCUUUUGGCUUUACACGUACUUUUCUAAUUAAUUGUAUCUUUCAGACACUACCAAGCCCUGUCUUUCAAAUUAAUUUUGAGAAACCUAGGAAGAGAUUUAGAAAAGAAGGGGAAACAGUCUCUCAGCCACAGAGGAAUACUUUAGCCAACCCAAGAAUUAGUGAAACAGUAUUGCUGCAGGAGCUACACAAAGUGUGCCCCACAGCUGCUGUGUUUACAGUGAAGGCAGGCUUCCCUUGCCAGCAAUUGUCAAUGAGAGAUGAUUCCGAUGCAACCUUAUCUGAGGAAGAAGAAUCAAGUACAAGUGGAGAUGAUGUGCAGUUAUUGAAAGACAGUGAUGAUACAAGUGCACGUAAUUUUAAUCUCUUUCUAUCUUUCUAAUGUAUCUAUUGAUUU